AUGAAAUAGGAAUCAAUGUCUACUAAUACAACUCUAGAUUCUUUAUUUUUUAAGGUGUAUUUUAAAAUUCAUUACCAUACACAAUCUGGUAAAGCCAUAUACAUAGUUGGAGAUAAUAAAUAGAUAGGAAAUUGGAAUCCAGUAAAAGGAUUGCGAUUAUAAUGGAAUGAAGUAAAUAACAUUUAGAUUUAUAAUAAGAAUGAUGAGUGGACAAUCUGUAUCAAAUUUGAUCGAUCUAAAUAUUAGAGAAUUGAAUAUAAGUUUAUAGUGAAUAAUUAUGAAAAUCCGAGUUUGUAAACAACUAUUUGGGAACCAGGAGAAAAUAGAGUAAUCACUACUCAUAUGAUUUAAAAUGAGACAAAAUCUGAAUAUUUUAAUUGUAUUCUGAAUAAUAAAUUAUUAAAGGUGAAUAUUGGGGCUAUAGAACAAUCAAGUUAAAAUUGAAUUACAAUUUAACUUAAAAAUAAAGGAUGAUGAUCAUAGGCUCUAUAGAAUAAUUAGGAUAAUGGAGUCAUCCUGUAUUAAUGAAGUGUUAAUAAAAGAUAGAUAUAUGUAGUGUUUAUUUUUAUUUAAGUGAAUGGCGAACCAGUUUAAUAAUGGUCUAUUUCGUUUAUUGUAGAUCCUAUGAAUUUUUCAUUUAGAUACUUUUAUGUAAUUAGAAAUGAUGAGAAUGGGGCUAUGAUAUGGGAGAGAGGAAAUGGAAGAUACUUAAAAUCAAGUGAUUUAAGAUCAUUUAGAUAAGUUUAAAAUACUUAUGCUAAUUCACCUAUAAAAAUUAAAACAUAGUUAUUAGCAGCAUGCCAAAAUUAUAGAUUAUCAAAAUUUAAAAAUGGAUCCUUUUGUUCUGAUAAGCAACUAAAAAUUAAUAAAGAAACUAGUAUAGGUUAUUCCUUCUCUGAUAAAGAACCUUCUUUCUUUUAUUAUGAGUCUUUCGGAAGACUUAAUAAAUUAGAUUGGAAUUUUGUAGUCUAAUUUACUAUUACUCAAAUAAAUGAAAAUAUUAUUAUUGGACCAUAUCCUCAAAAUGAAUAGGAUAUAUUAGUAUUAAAAUAGAAUGGAAUUAAAGCUGUAUUAAAUCUACAAACAAGAUUAGAUAUAUAUCAUAGAGGAGUAGAUUGGGAUGAGAUACAAAACACAUAUAAAAAAAAUGAUAUUAUUAUGAAGAAUUUUGAAAUUUUUGAUAUGGAUCCAAUAGAUUUUGAAAAAAAAGCUUUAAAAGCAGUUUAAAUUUUAAGAAAAUUAAUAAAUAAUUAUGAAUUCGUUUAUGUACAUUGUACAUCAGGCAUAGGAAGAGCUCCAUCACUUGUAGUAUUAUAUUUGUCUUCAGUAUUACAAAUUCCAUUAAAUGAAGCAAUUUUAUUUGUUAAAAAAAAAAGGGAACAUUUUUACAUUAAUCAUGGUUUAAAAUUUAAAUUAUUUUAGAUAUGUUGCAAAAAUCUUUAUAAAAAACUACAAUGUAUAAUCAUAGUGAAGGAUUUGAAAAAUUCUCAGUAUUUAAUUAAUUUUAAAUUGGAAGUCAAACAAAAAUUAAUGAAUAGAAAUCUGAUUAUAAUUUACUUGAAUGA